AUGCCGCCCGCACCCCCGGACGGGCCGCCCCCCACCCCGCCCUCGGACGGCGCCUUCCUGACGCGAGCCACGCCUCUAACCACGCCCCUCGCUCUGGCCCCGCCCCUCCAGGCCCUUCUUCUCGACCCAAGCCACGCCCCUUACGUCAUCUUUACAUGCCAGGCGGCCCCCCCACCCCCGGCAUCGCCCGCCAGCCCGCUGCCCCCGGGCCCGACCCCGCCGGCCCUACUGAUACGGCUCGCCCACCGCCAAGGCCCCACCGGCCCCUUCUGGAACGAGACCAUCCUGGAGUCGGCCGCCGACCUGCUCCGGGGCGACAGCAAGGAACGGAGGAUUCUGGGAUGGGUGCUGCAGCGGGCCGAGCGCGGCAACCCCCAGGGCGUCCCGGACGCCGUCGACGACUACUGCCGGCGCAAAGGGUGGGCCAUGAACGUGGGGGACGAGAAAGGGUCGAUCGGGGACGGCGCGGUGCGGGCGUGCCGGCCCACGGCGCUGCUGGAGCUGGGGACCUACUGCGGCUACUCGGCCGUGCGGACGGCCCGCCUGCUGGCCCCCGGAGCCCGCCUCCUCACCGUGGAGGGCCACCCCGACUUCGCGGCCAUCGCCCGCCGGCUCAUCCUCUUCGCCGGCCUGCAGGACAAGGUUCAGGUGCUGGAGGGGACCUCGCACCAAGUCAUCCCUCAGCCGAGGAAGAAGCGUGACGUGGCCACGCUGGACCUGGUCUUCAUCGACCACUCCAAGGACCGGUACCUGCCCGACACCGUUCCUGCUCCAGCGUGGUGUCCGGACGGCGGCCUCCUGCGUCCGGGGACGGUGCUCCUGGCCGACAACGUCAUCUUCCCCGGGGCCCCCGACCUCCUGAGAUACGUGCGCGGCAGCCGGCGCUUCUCCUGCACCCACCACCCUGCCCACGUGGAGUACCUGACCGUGCCCGACGGGCUGGAGGAGGCCGUCUUCCUGGGCUGA